AUGUCGGCCGAAAAGCCGGAAUCCCUUCCCAAGGACAUGACUCCCAAUAAGAUCGAGGCCCAAACGGCUGUCAGUUCAGACGGCGAAUCCCUCCAAGACCACAAUGGCUACCUCGUGGACGCGCACUUCGCGAGCCGCAAUAUCCAGACCACGCCAGACGGGAAUACGAUACUCAUUCCCCAGCCAUCCAAGGAUCCGAAUGACCCGUUAAAUUGGACCUGGGGGAAGAAACACCUGUUCCUGUUCAUCAUUGCAGCGACGUCCCUUUUGCCAGACUAUGGAAGUGCCACCGGUGCAGUUACUCUACUGCCGCAAGCUGAAAUCUGGCACAUGGAUCCCGAUGUCGUCAAUCACUCACAAGUCGGCAAUGUCUUCAUGAUUGGUGCCGGCGGCAUCGUCGCCAUCUGUCUGGGCGCAUACUUUGGCAGACUCCCCGUCAUGUUCUGGUUCAUGAUAUUGGCACUGGGUACGGCCCUCUGGUGUACUGCGGCCGAGACGUUUGAGUCCUUCAUGGCGGCGCGUAUCCUCAACGGCUUCUUUUCCCCCGUCGCCGAAGCAGGCGGUCUCAUGUUCAUCAAAGACAUGUUCUUCUUCCACGAGCACGCUCGCAAAAUCAACAUCUGGGCUUCCUUCAUCGUCCUCUCGCCCUACUUCGGCCCCCUCUUCUCCGCAUUCAUCAUCGACACGCAGAAAUGGCAGUGGGCAUUUGGUCUCUACACCAUCAUGACGGGUAUUUGCGUCGCUGCCAUCUUUGCCCUUCUCGAUGAGACGUACUAUGAUCGCAAGUUGCCGCCCAGUGAGCAGCCUCAGCGCAGGUCGCGAGUCUUGAGGGUCAUUGGCGUUGAGCAGUGGCACACGCGACACUUGAGAAAUACCUUCACCGAAGCUAUGUCGCGUCCAUUUAUAGUCCUGGCCAAGUUGCCAGUGUUGAUUUCUAACACAUACUACCUGUUGGCUUUCGCGUGGGUGGUGGGCAUCAACACCACCUUGGCGAUUUUCUUGACACCGUUGUAUAAAUUUGGUCCCAAGCAGAUAGGUUUCUUCUACUUCACACCCAUUGUCGCCGCUAUCCUAGGCGAGAUAGCUGGCCACUGGCUCCAUGACUUGGUCGCCAAAUGGUACCAGCGCCGUAAUAACGGCCGCCUUGAACCGGAAGCCCGUCUGGCCGUCGUUGGGAUUUCCACUCCGUUCCUAUGCAGCGGCCUCAUCUUGCUGGGGUUCUCCCUCGAACGCGCAUACCACUACAUGUUGGCCGCGCUCGGCUGGGGCUUAUACGUCUUCGGCAUCAUGAUCACGACUGUGGGCGUCAACGCGUAUAACCUCGACGCCUAUCCUACUGCUUCCGGAGAAGUGGCCGGUUGGCUGAACCUUUCGCGUGUGGCCGGCGGUUUUAUUAUUAGUUACUUCCAGGUUCGGUGGGCGGAGGACAUGGGCGCAAUCAAGAGCUUCGGUAUCCAGGCGGCCAUUUGCUUUGGUGCACUUUUCUUGAUUGUUUUGCUGCAGUUGUAUGGGAAGCAAUUGAGAGAGUGGUCUGGUCAGCCACAUUUCAAGACGAUAUAG